AUGUCAGACUCCUUGGUCCGUGUUUCAAGACGGGUCGGAUGGGGAGCACGCUGGCCGGUGCUCGAGCGCCUCGUCGCCGGUGGGCACGCCGAGGGCUGGCGCGCUCGCCCGCCCGCGCCGCGGCGGCGCCUCUCGGGCGGGGUCAUCCGCCGGGGCUUGACGCCCGGCGCGCUCGAAGCCGAGCGGCGGACCGGCUCGUCGCCGUUCCGCAUCCGGCCGGGCCGCAUCGCCGGCCCCCAUCCGCUUCCCUCCCGGCAAUUUCAAGCACUCUUUGACUCUCUUUUCAAAGUCCUUUUCAUCUUUCCCUCGCGGUACUUGUUCGCUAUCGGUCUCUCGCCCGUAUUCAGCCUUGGACGGAAUUUACCGCCCGAUUGGGGCUGCAUUCCCAAACAACCCGACUCGCCGACAGCGCCUCGUGGUGCGGCAGGGUCCGGGCACGACGGGGCUCUCACCCUCUCCGGCACCCCUUUCCAGGGGACUUGGGCCCGGUCCGUCGCUGAGGACGCUUCUGCAGACUACAAUUCGGGCGGCGUGAUAAGUGCUUGA